AUGGGUGGCGCGCAAGAUACCACAGACGACGGAUACGCUCUAGCGUGGCCUCGGUCUAUGCGCUGGAACCCAAGCUACAGCGUCCCCAGAAACUCCUUGGAGCGGCCGCUUUCUGCGAGGCUCGCGUCAAGAAACGAAACGAAGCCAGUGCCUUCUGACGCUGCCACUGCUUCCUUAGGCUCCAUCAGUCACCAAAAUACCCUCGUUCAAGACAAUGGCAAAGCAAGCUCCGAGAACGAGAAGAAAUCGCCAAAAGCCGAGGACUCUGAGCAACCAGAAGACUUGGGGAAUCUGUCGCAUUGGUUGGAAACCCUGUCAGAGCUCUACAUGAACAAUCUGGAUAACCGCGCCAGAUGGGAUCCACGCUGGCUGAACGUCACACAUCGCGAGCGCUAUGGCGGUUUGUCGUCAUCAGCAAUCACUGUCAUCGACUACAUUUCUGGUCAGCCUGAUAGCACUGUGACGGCAGCAACGACGAAACAACACAUGGCAUCACUGCUACAGGAUCGACCAAAAUCAUGCGACCUGCGAGUGGUCCUGAUCACCGACCUGAGCCGCUUCACGAUGGGUGCAGUUGGACAAAUGUACAACAUAGAUCCCGAGUUUUGGUUUGAGCAUCUAGCGAAUUCGGGAUACGCUGCAAGCGAUAGCCAGCUCAAACUCAACAACGCUAUCUGGAUGAACUGGAGCGAGGAAGAAACGCGCUUUCGACACCGUCCUUUGCCGGGAACUGGCCAACGCACAGAGUGGAAUAUCCCACGGCGCGUAAAGUCAAGAUCCUGGGUACAUGUCAAAUGGGCGAGACUGGGUCUCAUGCAUUACUUGGGCAAGAAGGGAUUCAACGAGGCAGAAAUUGAGGUGAGGCUGAGCGACGGGCGGUGGCUUGUAGAGCGAGACGUUGUCCUGGACAAAUGGGGACGGUACAUGACGACACAGAAACUGGCCAAAGCCAAGGUCCUCGCCGAGGCGAAACAAAAGAAGAAGCAGAAGGAGCACAAAGGACACUACCCGCCAGUGCCAGGCCCGUCAUCGGAUGCAAAUUUGACGCCAUCAAAGGUGAAAGCUAGCAAUGUCUAUCGUCCAUACAGUACUUUUGAGGGCCUUCCCAAGAACCUCAACUCUUGGUACAACAGAGACUUGCGUGUUCUAGCGCCGGAGGGCUUCAGUCAUUGGACGGGCUCCGAUGAAGCUGGAGAGAGAAUCGUCGUUCUUGUCUUUGACCCGACGCGGAAAAUGAAGAACCUCCGCACACAGGAACAUACCCCAUCUUUGACUUUUAUGCCCAGGGCCAUUGAGAUUGAAAGCUACUCGGAAGAGGAACUCUGGCGCAGUGCCGGUCCCGAAGAGACAUAUCUGGACCCCCCUCCACCACCCAUCACAAACAAGCAAAUCAAGGCCGAAAAGAAGGAAGCCACCAAGCAGAACCUCAAGAAAAAACGCGACACUCUGAGAAGCCGUUUUCGCAAAACCAAGGGUGGAUUGGACCACACUGACCAUGAGGAGUCUGCGGGGCAAGACCAUAGUGAUUCCGAAUCCUCAUACACAAGCGACGACGACUAUGACCAGGAGUACGAAGAGGAGCUGCGGGAGGAAUACGCAAACCCAAAGCCGUAUUCCCGUGAUCGUGCCUUUGCCAGAAAAUAUAGUCUAUCAACGCAGGAGCUGGUUCUGCGCCGCCUGAGCACGCUGUCGCCGGCCGAUGUAGCCAAGGAUGGCGACGCUUUGAUAUCCUCUCUGCUCAACAGCAUCGUGCUCGACGACUUUUGGCAGCUGCUGGCGGAGAUGCGCGCAGAGCUUGACCACCUCGACGGCGACUUUAGCGGUGCUCUUUUCUCGCAGCUAGUAGAGUCGUUUGGCAACUCUGUUCGCCAGAACCUGUCCUGGAUGCGAUGCAGCCUACAGGAGCUCAACGAAUGGGCCAUGCACCUGCAUCUCUCUAUCAAAGCGACACCGAUGGACCCGAUCAUCGCGGAGGAAGUUGAGAUGCUCAUCAAGGACGUACAAGCGCUGCAGCUUCGCGCAGAGUCGACCCUCACAAUGCUAGCAUCAUCCAUGGGCCUCUCGCAGUCGUCCCUUGUCAUCGACCAGACCUCGGGCAUCAACAAGCUCACCGAGCUAGCCUUCUUCUUCGUCCCACUUUCCUUCAUCACCUCUGUAUUCUCCAUGCAGGUCAAGGAGCUGACCUCGGCGCCACCGCAUAUAUGGACAUGGGGCCUCGCUCUCAGCCUCGUGUUUCUGACCACAUAUUUGAUCCGCAUCAUGCUUCGUUCGCCGUCUGUGCGCAUCGGUAUCCUACACUGCCGUGCCACCAUCAUCAACCGCUUCUCGUCGGCCAAGUCGGGCUCCGCCGAGCGACGCCUCAACACGGUCGGCAACCGCGCCGUGGCCAAGUUUAUCUUCUUCUUUCUGUGCGUCGUGGUUACGGCCGUGGUCGCCGUCAUUGUCGCUUCUCUCUGCUUCCUUCUCGUGUACCUGGGCUUAUGGGUCGGUGCGGCAGGAACUGCCCUGUAUUUCAUCAUCACGAGGUGGCCAGACCCGGCUGUGCUGGCGCCCUGCUUCAUCGCAUUGCCCCUUGCGGUGGCUGGCCAGUGGGUGGCUUGGAUGUGGGCCGAUGAACUAGCCGAUUGGAUAACGGACAAAACGGAGAAGAUCCUCCUCGCCAUAUUAUCAAAGCUUCCAGAGAAAUGGAGGUUGGAUAGUGUCGACGAUGAUGAUUUAUCGCGGGAGGGCGUCAACACAUAUACCAGGCAAGGACUGCUAUUGGCGACCUAG